UAGAUAGAUAGAUAGAGAGAGACUACUUCUUCUGGAAAGAAAGAAAAAAAAAAAGAAUCCAAAUAAAAAUAAGCAGUGAGAUACAUAUAUAGUUAAGCUAGCAUUAAUAAUUAUAAGAGAGACAUGGGAAGAGCCCCUUGUUGUGACAAAGCAAAUGUGAAGAAAGGGCCAUGGUCUCCUGAGGAAGACGCAAAGCUUAAAGAAUUCAUUGACAAGUUUGGUACUGGUGGUAACUGGAUUGCUCUCCCUCAAAAAGCUGGUCUUAAAAGGUGUGGGAAGAGUUGCAGGUUAAGAUGGCUAAACUAUCUGAGGCCCAAUAUUCGACAUGGUGAAUUUUCUGAUGAUGAAGAUAGGAUCAUUUGCAGCUUGUAUGCUACCAUUGGUAGCCGAUGGUCAGUAAUAGCAGCUCAGCUACCAGGAAGGACUGACAAUGAUAUCAAGAAUUACUGGAACACCAAGCUCAAGAAGAAGCUCUUGACUAUGUUUCCAUCCACAACUCUUGUUCAAGAAAAACAUCAAACUAAUUUCUUUCCAUCUACUAUGUCCUCCUUACAACCACCAUUAUUAUUACCACAUCAAUAUGAUGAUCUCAAUAAUAAUAAUACAUCAUCUCCUCAUCAUCAAUUCUUGAACACUUCAUCAUCAUCAUCAUCAUUUUACACUACUACUACUACUACUUUCUCCCCCACUAACAACUUCAUGAAUGUUGAUCACAACACUACUAGUAAUGCCAACUCGAUUUUAGUUCAUGAUGAUGAUCAUCAUGUUAACAAUGUGAUCAUCAAUGAUCUUUCAUCACCACAUUCAUCAUCUCAUCAUGUAAUUAACAGUUUGAUGAUGACCAACAACAACAACAACAUAGGUAGUGUUAAUGAUGAUCAUAACUCCCUAUAUAAUAAUCAUCAUAGUCCAAUGCAAACAGAACAGUAUCAUAACAUGAAGUUAGAAGGAAUGCUCAUGUUUGGAACUCCCAGUACAAGUUGCUCUACUUCCUCUGAAGGUCUUCAUCACCAGCCAAAUCAGAUCAAGCAAGAGAAUCAUGACCUGAUAACUACUACCCUUCUUGAUCAUCAUCAUCAUGUUCUUGGAGAUGAUCAUCAUACCCCUGCAGCUACUAGUUUCAUGAUGGAUUAUCACAAGCAAAAUCAUGAGUACAUGAUCAAGAAUAACCACCACAAUGUAGGUCCCAUAAUAUUAAAUAGUAAUAAUAAUAGUGCUAAUAAUGAUCUGCUUGCAAUGGAAGUGAAUAAGCAACUGAUGAUGAACUUGAGCAGCAGCUACUACUUGUUCAAUCAUGAUGGUACUACUACUACUACUGAUGAAACCAAGACAACACACUUUCAGAAAGGAAUGUGUUCCUACUAUUACUGAUUAGCUAGCUAGCUAGCUAUAGAUUAUUCAAAAUUUGAUGUAAUUAAUUAAGACAAGCUGCUAGAUGCAGCAUGAUCAUGAUGACGAGCUAGCUAGCUAGCUAUAGGUAAUUAUGAUUUGAAAAGGCAGGCAGGCAGGCAGGCAGGGUGCUUUUGGUUUUAAUUCAAUUAAUUCUAGCUAGUGGAAGUUCAAGAGUGAUCAGA